ACGCACUUUUUGCAUGCAAUCUCAAACUGCAAUCAUCAUUGCUAAAGACUACACAGCAGAGCUAAAAGAUAGCUCUGAUUUAUUUGUGUUUGAUCAGUUUUUCAUACAAAUUUUUAACUUCGAAAGAUGUCAAGUGCUAGGCUACUCUCUCGUGAACUUUUCGAAAAUAUCACCAAAGAUGAGUGCAGAGGAUUGGAUCAGAUUUGUGUCCCUGCAUUGGAAAACUGUUGUUUUCCAAUGUCUUGCAUAGUACGAAUUGAUGCAAAUUCCAUAUGCGAAUGUGGUAAUGGAUGGAAGCCAAGUGGAGACCCAAAUGAGCCUUGCAUUUUUGAUAAAAAUGACUGGAUAAUGCUUGCUGCAUUUUUUGUUGGGGCACUUAUUUUACUGAUAACUAUCGGGCUUCUCUGUCGAUGCUUCUGUCCAGGUCUCAGAAAACUUGACCCUGAAGCGGGUAAAAAAGAAUCCAAAUGUUGGAAAUUUUCAGUAUCCUGCAAGUGAAAUAAUAAGUAAUGGCACCAAAAUAUAUUAACUAUUAAUACACAUUGAAACUAAAUCAACUAAUUGAACCAAGUACAAUUUUUAGCUACAAACGGCUAUUGGAAAAUAAUUCCAACAUCUAAUUGGAAAUUAGUAAAAAAUGUUUUGUCCACACAUCUUUAAAGGAAUUUGAAUAAUAAUGGCACUUAAAAAAAUUUCUGAGCCUAUAUAUUAUUUUUUACAAUGUCUUAACAAUGAACAAAAAUCUGUGUUCGCCCAUAUAUUUAAUUAGUAUAAA